UCACGCGGUGUAGGUGUGGCCGGAAGUGCGCAGGCCCGGGAGGCUGAGGGAGGGGAAGGGGGGGGGGCCGCCAUUACGCGGAGCGGAGCAGGCCUCGCCUCCCAGUUGUUGCGCCGCUCGGCCUUCAGGCGGGCCCCGGGCCUCGCGGGCCCCGAGCGCGGCGGGGGCCCAGCCCGGCCCGGCCCUGCCCGGCCGCCAUGGAGGAGAAAGGUUUCGCCAAGGAGCUGGAUCAGUGGAUCGAGCAGCUGAACGAGUGCCGGCAGCUCAGCGAGAGCCAGGUCCGCAGCCUCUGCGAGAAGGCUAAAGAAAUUCUUACGAAAGAGUCAAAUGUGCAAGAGGUACGUUGCCCCGUCACCGUCUGUGGAGAUGUCCACGGUCAAUUCCACGACCUUAUGGAACUCUUUAGAAUUGGUGGGAAAUCGCCGGACACAAAUUACCUGUUCAUGGGAGACUACGUGGACAGAGGCUAUUACUCGGUGGAAACGGUGACUCUUCUAGUAGCCUUGAAGGUGCGUUACCCAGAACGCAUUACAAUACUGAGGGGCAAUCACGAAAGCAGACAAAUUACACAAGUGUAUGGCUUUUAUGACGAAUGUCUGCGAAAGUAUGGCAACGCCAACGUCUGGAAGUAUUUCACAGAUCUGUUUGAUUAUCUUCCACUUACAGCUCUAGUAGAUGGCCAGAUAUUCUGUCUCCACGGUGGCCUCUCUCCAUCCAUAGAUACACUGGAUCAUAUCAGGGCCCUGGACCGCCUGCAGGAAGUUCCACACGAGGGUCCUAUGUGUGAUCUGUUGUGGUCGGAUCCGGAUGAUCGUGGCGGCUGGGGUAUCUCUCCACGUGGUGCUGGCUACACGUUUGGGCAAGAUAUUUCCGAAACAUUUAACCAUGCCAAUGGUCUCACACUGGUCUCCCGUGCUCACCAACUCGUCAUGGAGGGUUAUAACUGGUGCCACGACCGAAAUGUGGUUACCAUUUUCAGCGCGCCCAAUUACUGCUACCGGUGUGGGAACCAGGCUGCUAUCAUGGAACUAGAUGACACUUUAAAAUAUUCCUUCCUCCAGUUUGACCCAGCGCCGCGUCGUGGAGAGCCUCAUGUCACCCGUCGUACCCCAGACUACUUCCUAUAAACCUCUCCUAACCUCCGCAGGGGGAAGUACACCUGGCGUUUUAAAGAGCAACAGAUAUUUACACGUUUCUGUAAGAAAUCGGGGUUCGUCUCAACUUAAAAUCCCCCCCUCCCCCCCAUCAUGGACCAAAACGUGCCAUACAGAGGACGAAGAGCGUUCAGCACAACUCGAGACUGAAUUCCUUACGACACUAUCGGCAUCCCGUACCCGUCAGUCCAGCCGUUUGCCUGCUGUAUUUGUAGUCAUUGUUUUUUCUUCUGGACUGUUCAGAGAGGAAGGGGUAACUCCUAAUAACACUUUCCACCUCCUUCGAGACGCUUCUUUGUAAAUUUUUAGUUCUAGUGUUUAACUGGCAUGAAUUAGAGUUUAUUUUCGAGGCAAAUGCACACUAACUCCUCCCCCCCCCAACCCCUCUUUUUAUUUUAUUGAAAAGACCCGUCGACUUAACUGGAGAAAGGAAGCGAUUCCUGCUUGGGAGUACGUUGUCAUAACACGGAUAAAAGCGUUCCCCUUUUUAGCUGGAUUCCCGUUCUGUGUCGAUCCUGCCUUCUUUUUUUUUUUUUUUUCGGGUUGUUUGUCUUUUUCUUUUUUUUUUUUUGUGUUUUUUUUUUUUUUGUUUUUUGUUAUUCCCCCUCCCCUCUGUAUAUUUGUCCUGGAAAAUGCUUGCAAUCCUCCUGACUGUACCUGAAACAAUAAACUUG